AUGGACGUCGACGAAGGCCCCUCCACUGACGAAGAUACCGCUGAAGAGCCGGCGGUGCCAAAGUUUGGCGGAGCACUGCCCAACUUCUUCGACGGGUAUACGUUUGCUAUAGAUGAUGAACACUCGGAUGCUGAGCAGCUGAGCCGAUAUAUAAAGGCUUACGGGGGACUCACGUUGCAGUUGUCAGAAGUAGAGGAAGACAGCGAAGUGGACUACGUGGUUGGGGGGGCGGGGGCGGGGGCGGUGGGGGGCGCUCGGCGCGUGUCCGCUGGCUGGGUGGCGCGCUGUCACCGCGCGCGCGCGCUUCUGCCGCCCGACUGA